AUGGCAAGCUCACGCGUGUUGGAAGGCAAAUUUGCCAUCGUCACUGGCGGAUCGCGGGGAAUCGGUGAAGCUAUUGCUCAUAACCUGGCCUCUAAAGGCUGUUCUCUCUUGUUGAAUUAUACAUCCGAUUCCUCACGAGCCCAUACAGAGGAGCUGUGCUCUUCUCUAGCCUCGACCCAUGGAAUCAGGUGCGAGAAUGUCCAAGCUGAUCUGAGCAAGCCCGAAGAAGCCUCAACAGCUAUCAUCGCUGCAGCAGAGAAAUUUGCAUCUUCAGGCAAAGUUCAAAUUGACAUCCUCGUCAAUAAUGCCGGUGUAGCUUCAGACCGCAAGUUGGGAGAUACCGAGAGAGGACCUAUUGCUCCGGAACACUUCAACUGGAUGUACACGAUCAAUGUUCUUGCUCCGCUGCUCCUUACUCAAGCAUGCGUUCCCUACCUCCCCACAGACCGUACCGGUCGUAUCAUCAACAUUUCUUCCGUUUCAUCUUCCUUGGGUUUCGUGGGCCAGUCUAUUUAUGGCGGUACCAAGGCUGCACUUGAAUCGAUGACCCGAACCUGGGCUCGUGAACUGGCUGAUCGCGCCACUGUCAACGCUGUAAAUCCUGGUCCUGUCGUUGGUGAUAUGUACUGGGCAACUGGUGAGCAAUUUUGGCGUGAUAUGCAGGGCUCACAGGAUAACACGCCAUUGAGUAAACUGGAUGAAAAUGACCCGGCUAUAAUGAGUCGUUUGACUGAGGAACAGACGAAGUUGGUGAAGGAAAAGAUGGGUGGCCGACGCCCGGCCUUUACCAGUGAGAUUGCCGGCAUUGUCGGUAUGCUGUGCACUCCUGAUUCUCUUUGGUGCACUGGAAGUGUGGUCUGCGCAAAUGGUGGAAUGAAGAUGGGCCAAUGA